AUGGCCAGUCCUGGAAACUUCGAACUAUGGAGCGCCGCUGGCGCUGUCCAGAUUGUCGCAAUGGGCAGAGUGGAAUUUCUCGAUUUCAGAGUUAAACAAGCUAUUGGAACUGAACAACUUGGAUCUUGCUCCGUCGUGGUUAUUGCAUCGGUACAUGGUGCAAUACUCGCCCACAUUCCACCACAACCACAACCAACAAUCAAUCCUACAAGCGCUGAUGACAACGUUCGAUCCAUGAUGAAUGAGGUCGGCAGGCUAUACCGGAAUAAACAACCAUAUUUUCCAUCUGCUGAAUCGGUCGUCGCAUGUGCAGUCUACCGAGGAGAAGUUGCUUUGCAAAGCCAGCUCGAUAUCAUGGAAGGGAGUCUAAUUGGACUAGGGCUUAGACCCAAGAAUAUUUCCUACGAAGUACCGGGCAACCCAGCAAUUCGGGGGAAGGGGACGGUGAUUGUAAUCAAAAAGAGUGACUAUCCGAAGCCAAAGAUCUUUGUGGAGGACGGGCAUGUGAAUGCUUGA